AUGUGUUAUUUUAGGCUUGAUGGUCUAAUCAAAGAUUCGCACAAACUUCAGAGUUACAUUGACCACUGCUUAAAACCGAUGGUGAGCGCCUUAAAAAACGAACCAGCCCUCGGAGGAUGGGAGAUCAUGAACGAGCCUGAGGGAGAAUUGAUACCGGAUCACCAUAGCAACAACCCGUGCCACGAUACAUCGCAACUUCAUAACAGCGGUGCCGGCUGGGAGGGACACCUGUAUUCUGCCGCUCAAAUACAGAAGUUUGUGAAUUGGCAAGCAGAUGCUAUACGAACGACAGAUCCGGGUGCCAUGGUUACUGUUGGUGUAUGGAACCCUAAAUCCAACACAGACAAAUUUGGCUUUAAGAACCUGUACUCGGACCACUGUCUUACAUCAGCUGGUGGAAAGGCACAUGGAACCUUGACAUUUUACCAGAUGCAUACCUACGCCAACAAUGGUCACUUUGAUGGAUAUUCACCAUUUCAGCACCAUGCUACAGAAUUCGGACUGAACAAACCUCUCGUAAUUGGUGAAUUCCGACAAGAAAGUGGGACAGGAAAGAUUACCGACAUGUAUAACCAUGCCUACUACUAUGGAUAUGCCGGUGGGUGGGCGUGGCAAGCAGUGGAUAACAACUGGAGUAACAUUAAGACAGGAUUGGCUUGGCUGAAAGGGAGAAACGAUCAACAGAAGGGUGGUCUUGUAGGCGUUCACUUGUAAUACUGAGAUGAAUAAAUCUGCCGUAAUAA